AAAAAGGUUUUAAAGUACUGUGUGUACAUAUAAACGCACGAAACGGGUUUCGAUUUCUUUCCCCCACUCUCUCUCAAAACCUCUCUUCUUUUUCUGUACCUUCGUGUUUACCGUUCGAGCACGCCAUGGCCGCUCUUCAGUACCUCGAUUCUCUGCGCAAUGUCCAUCCAGAGCUUGGAGAUUGGUACAAUACGCUAGCAGAUCUGUACCAGAAGAAGCUAUGGCAUCAGCUUACUCUCAAGCUCGAACAGUUCGUCGCUCUAGCUGUUUUUCAGGCUGGUGAUGCUCUCAUACAGUUAUAUCAUAAUUUCAUCACUGACUUUGAGACUAAGAUCAAUCUUCUGAAGCUUGCGCAUUUCGCUGUCAUAGUUUCUCGACAGUAUUCGGAGAAAGAAGCUGCCACUAGUUAUCUUGAAGGGGUGAUUGAAAAGCUUCGAGCCACUAAAGAGAUGCGUAUAGAGGAGCCAAUCCUUUACAUUAAGAUGCAAAUAGCUAUCUUCAAGCUUGAGAAUGGGGAACACAAAGAGUGCAAGAAACUUCUAGAAGAUGGAAAGAGUAUGCUCGACAGCAUGACCGACAUUGAUCCCUCUGUAUAUGCCAGCUAUUACUGGGUUUCAUCUCAAUACCAUAAAUCACGCCAAGAAUUUGCUGAAUUCUACAGAAGUGCUCUUCUCUAUUUAGCUUACACAUCAGUGGAGUCUCUUUCAGAAUCAUUUAAACUGGACUUGGCAUUUGAUUUAUCCCUAUCGGCAUUGCUGGGAGAAAACAUAUAUAACUUUGGGGAACUGCUUGCACAUCCAAUUAUAAAGUCUCUACUGGGCACAAAGGUUGAGUGGCUCUACUAUAUUCUCGAAGCAUUCAAUGCUGGUGAUUUAAUUCACUAUCAAGAAUUAUGCCAUGUGCAUAGAGCUGCUUUGAGUGCUCAACCAGCACUAGUGGAGAAUGAGAAGAAGCUUUUGGAAAAGAUUAAUAUUCUCUGCUUGAUGGAAAUCAUCUUCAGUCGACCAUCAGAAGAUAGAACUAUUCCAUUAAGUAUCAUUGCAGAGCGCACAAAACUUACUGUGGAGGAUGUGGAGUAUCUUCUCAUGAAGAGCCUUUCAGUUCAUCUUAUUGAGGGAAUAGUUGAUCAAGUUGAGGGAACUGUUCAUGUUUCCUGGGUGCAACCAAGAGUUUUGGGGAUUCCCCAGAUCAAAUCAUUGCGUGAUCAUCUUGACAAUUGGAUCAGCAAAGUACACACUACUUUGUUAUCUGUUGAGGCAGAAACACCUGAUUUAGUGGCAUCGUGAUCUUGAUUUCUUGAUUACUGCCCUUUGUGAGAAUCUGUUCCUGUUCAGAACGAACAGGUAGGCAAAAGAUGAUGAAACAGUUUGUCGCUUGGGCAAAGCUUUUACGUGUCCUCUCACCGCCUUACCAUUUCAUGCAUAAUUUUUUUAAUAGGAGCAGCCUCUUGUAUUUUCUUUUGUUUGAACUGUCCCAUUUGUAGUGGCUUGCCAAGAAUCAGGAGACAACGAUGAGUCAAUUGAAGGAUGGCUGUUUAUUUUUAAGAAUGUUUAUCGAACCGUGUACUGGAAAGUUAUUUUUUAGUUACAAUCAGAUGUGAUCCAUUCUUUGGUGGAUUAAAUGCAUUUUGAUUUA